GGGGGAGAAAGACAUCGGCUGUGAAAUCUGCCCACGGGUAGGACAUCCCGAAAGCCAAGAGCGACUCCCAGGAUGAUCAUCGCCUCCUCCAGCUCCCGAAAAGCUUCGCGCCAGAGCGCGGUGAUUGGUUGUCUCUCGAAGGAGCGGGGAGGAGUUUUUGGUACCUGCUGCGCUCCGUUGCGUCUUGGGAUUCGUAGUCUCCAAAGGAGCCUUUGGUGUGCGGGAGAGUGGAAGAGGCGGCGUUGCUUUUAGGUGCAGGUCGGCGAGUCAGGAGCGCCGGGGCCGCGCGGCAUGGACAAGCUGAAGCGGGUGCUGAGCGGACAGGACGCGGAAGAUCCGGGCCCCCUGGCCGAGGUGGUGGAUGCAUCUUCCUUAAGCUGGAGCACAAGACUGAAAGGCUUCAUUGCUUGUUUUGUUAUAGGAGUUCUGUGCUCUAUUUUGGGUACUUGCCUGUUAUGGAUUCCAGCGAAAGGCAUCAUCUUGUUUGCUGUAUUUUACACGCUAGGAAAUAUCUCAUCCAUUGGAAGCACAAUAUUUCUUAUGGGACCUAUGAAGCAAUUGAAAAGAAUGUUUGAGCCUACCCGUUUAAUAGCUACUAUUGUUAUGCUUCUAUGUCUUACAUUAACUCUGUGUUCAGCUUUCUGGUGGGAGAAUAAGGGACUUGCCCUCAUCUUCUGUAUUUUGCAGUUUUUUGCAUUGACAUGGUACAGCAUUUCAUACAUACCAUUUGCAAGGGAUGCUGUGAAGAAGUGCUUUGAAGCAUGUUUCACAUAACAAGCAAGCCACGAGCUAUAAUUUUACUAUGGCUGGCAGGACAUGUUUCAUCUCCGUAAAAAGAAGUCUCACACUGAGGACUGGAAGACCUGCACAACCAUAUGAUCUGCACAUACAUGCCUAGGAGCAACCAUAUCAAGCUUUCUAAGUACUUGUGAACCACACAAGGCAAAGCUACCAAAUAUUAUUUUUCCAGGCGUAAUGAGCUUUGUGAAAUAAGGUCCCAAGAUCAACUGAACAUUUCUUUCACUUGCUUAACGAAGCCAUUGUUUUAACUUGGCCCAUAGUUAUCUACUUAAAUUAUACAGUUUUGUUGUUGAAAUGGACACUAUGGCAAUCUCAGAGCUGAUGGGAGUUCUAGCUAUUUUGGACUGCAACUCCCAGAAGCCUUGACCACCAACUGUG